AUGUCUUCAUUCACGAACACUAAUAUUCUCCCUGUCUCUACCAAGGUAAAUGCUAAACUCUCCCUGCCUUCGUGUUGGUGCUCAAUCAUCUUGUUUCAGACGGAUAAUAUCACCAUGGACUACCUGGUUAACUCUAACAUCUGGGCGCCACUCGAUGGGGAAUCUUUUGGCAGACCUACCCGCCAGACGGCUCACCCAUUCGGUGCGAUUGGAACUGGAAGGUUUACCGCACGCACCAUUCCUAAACAUCCCCUUCCCGUUCCUUCAUUGUCUACGAUCUCGCCAACCGAUUUCGUGUUCCCCACCCGUUUCAAAACAAUUUACAAAGUCAAAAUCGGGGCGGAGGUCAGCCAAGAGAAGCUCCACGUUACCAUGGGUCCCUGCGUCUCCCCACCCCCGCAAAUUGAGACAUUGUCCUCCUCACCCGACGACUUAUUUCUCAAUGAAGUCUUCGAUGAGAACGAGCCUCCCGCAACGACCUACCAGGAUGAUCAUGCCGAGAAUAGCGACUCUUCUGAUGAUCUAAUUCCCUCACCAGGAUCGCGCUUGAACCGGAUGCCAUUUGGCGUCCUCUUCGUCGAGCGACGGGCCACUCGUCGGAUCUCUCGAGAGAGUGGAUAUACCAACUCACCGCCGUCCGAAGCAGUCCAGCGAGCCAUCCUCGGUCCCCAGCGCGCGGUCGAGCGCACCAGCUACGAAAAGUCGGACGUCGCUCCGUUCAAGGAAGCUGUGGGAAGCUGGGGCAGCACGAAAACGAAGGGUUUGGCCAGGAUUCGAGCCAAAGCCCCGCAAGCUAUCAACACACUGACAGCUAACAAGUCGAACGAACUCCCGGACGCAGUGGCGAUUAAUCCUGCGGACUGGGCUGCAGUGGAUAUUCUGAAUGAUAUCCUGUCUCAUGGGUGUCAGAGUAUUGGCCAAAAGGAGAAUGCGGGGCUUGUCCUCCCACCGUUCAUCACCGCGCCUCGUGUUGGUUUGCCAUUAACGCCCCACCGCCAGGCGUUGCUGGACAUUUUGAAUACCUGA